AUGUCUGGGACGUUCGCGCUCGGCGAGGCGGAGAGGGAGUUCUGGAACGCGACGAGGCGCUUCGACAGGCCUGGGCUGCCGUCGCCACCCGCGGCUGCGUUGGGGCCCUCGGGGGCCGCGGCGAGCGGGAAGUGGCCUCGCGCCGACAGCCCGGGCUUCUUGACCAUGUGCCCGCUGGACAUCGGCUUCUGCCAGGACUCGAUCAGCCCGGCGUUCCGCAACGGGAGCUCCAUCCUGGCCACGCUCAGGCAGCUGGCCGACUGCAGCAUGGACAUCAGAGAGAUGCCGCCGAUGCAGGUCGUGCUGCACGACGAGAAGUUCUUCUCCGUUAGCAACCGGAGGCUCUGCCUGUACCGCCUGUGCCAGCUGCUGGGACUGCUGCGCGCGGUGAAGGUGCAGCUGCUCCAGGGGCCCCCGCCGCACUUCGAGCAGAAGCUCACGACACCCUGCGAGGGAGCAUGGGUGCGCGUGCGGGGCGACGGCCGCAUCUGCGGCCGCACGCUGGAGGAGACGACCUUCGGGAGGGAGGAGCUGCUCUCGCCCGCGUCGCCGGGGUGA